CCUUGUCUUGCAGGUAGAACACAUACCUCCAUGGCCGACAACAUGGUCUCCGGAGAGAGCGAGGUGGUGUGCGUCGACUUCUGGGCCAACCUGUUCGGCAUGCGGGUUCUGAUCGCGCUGCGCGAGCUAGGCGUGUCGUUCGAGUACAUCGAGGAGGACCUCCGCGGCCGUGAGAGGAGCGACCUUGUGCUGCGCAUGAACCCCGUGCACCGGAUGGUGCCCAUCCUCAUCCACCGUGGCCGUCCCAUCUGCAACUCCAUCAACAUCCUCGAGUACAUCGACGAGGUCUGGGGUCACCUUCAUGCCGAAGCAGGGGGAACACAGUUGCUCCCUGCCGACCCGCUGGAGAGGGCUUCCGCCCGGUUCUGGGCCGAUUUCGUUGACCACAAGGUGUUCAACACGGAGAUGAUGCUGUUCAAGAGCAAUGGUGAUGAUCAGAAAGAAGCCGCAAAGGGGGAGCUAAUCCGCCAACUCAGGCAACUCGAGGGGGCACUUGGAGACAAGAACUUCUUCUCCGGCAAUGAGUUCGGAUUUCUGGACAUCGUUGUCAUCCCGUUAUCGAGCAUGUUUCGAGCUUACGAACAACAAGGAAAGUUUGAUCUUGAGGUGGAGUGUCCCAAGCUGAUGCGGUGGGAGAAGCGGUGCAAGGAGAGGGAGAGCGUCAAGAGUACUCUUCCAGAUGAGGAGGAGGUGUACAGGAUGCACAAGAAGUGGUACGGCAUAGAGUGAAGUGAGUCAUAGAUUGUGCUCGAAACCUAUCAUGCUUUAAACUUGUAUAAUACUCUCCAUCUAUUAUUGUUUGACACACAAAAAUAAUACACUAUGGGACGUGUCAGUGUACCUAAGUACAGGUAAACAAACAAAAUAUAGGGAAACUUGUACUCUUUUUAUUAAUCUCUCAUCGAGCAAACAAAAUUAGAUGAUCCUUUUACA